AUGGGGAAGAAAACAAAGAAGCCAGGGAAGGGCAAAGAGAAGACUGAGAGGAAAACUGCAAAAGCCGAAGAAAAGAAAUCGAGAAGGGCAUCUAAGAAACUCUCUCCUGAAGACGACAUUGAUGCUAUCCUGUUGAGCAUACAAAAAGAGGAGGCUAAGAAGAAGGAAGUCCAUGUUGAAGAGAACGUUCCUGCACCUUCUCCUCGUUCUAACUGUUCGUUGAAUGUUAAUCCGUUAAAGGAGACGGAACUAAUACUCUAUGGAGGCGAAUUUUAUAAUGGCAGCAAGACAUUUGUAUAUGGUAAUCUCUAUCGCUAUGAUGUGGAAAAGCAGGAGUGGAAGUUGGUCUCAAGCCCUAAUAGUCCACCACCUCGCAGUGCACACCAAACAGUUGCUUGGAAGAAUUAUCUCUACAUUUUUGGUGGUGAGUUUACUUCACCCAAUCAAGAGCGAUUCCAUCACUACAAGGACUUUUGGGUGUUGGACUUAAAAACAAAUCAAUGGGAACAACUAAAUUAUAAAGGGUGUCCUAGUCCUCGCUCAGGCCAUCGAAUGGUUUUAUAUAAGCACAAGAUUAUAGUUUUUGGAGGUUUCUAUGACACUCUCAGGGAAGUGAGGUAUUACAAUGAUCUACAUGUCUUUGAUUUGGAUCAGUUUAAGUGGCAAGAAAUAAAGGGUACUCCUGGAUGCAUGUGGCCGAGUGCUCGAAGUGGCUUCCAGUUUUUUGUUCAUCAAGAUGAGAUAUAUUUGUAUGGCGGUUAUUCCAAAGAAAUCUCACCAGACAAGAGUGUCUCAGAAAAAGGGGUUGUUCAUUCAGAUAUGUGGUCCCUUGAUCCUAGGACUUGGCAAUGGAAUAAGGUGAAAAAGAGUGGAAUGCCACCUGGACCUCGAGCUGGUUUCUCUAUGUGUAUCCAUAAAAAGCGGGCUAUACUUUUUGGAGGUGUGGUUGAUAUGGACAUAGAAGGUGAUGUGAUGAUGAGCUUGUUCUUGAAUGAACUCUAUGGCUUCCAAGUAGAUAGUCAUCGCUGGUAUCCAUUGGAGCUGAGGAAAGAGAAGUCUUCAAAGGACAAGUUAAAAAGAACAGUGAAUGAGAAACCUGAAAAUAUGGAGCUAGACAGUAAGCCAACUACCAUGAAUGUGGAAAAUCUUGUUUUCAAUGAUGAAUAUGUGGACUUUGCUGAUGAUGAAAAAGCUGGCAUGGAUGGGAAUCUCAAUAAUAUCUCUUCAAAUAUGAAAAGAAAUUUGUCUAUUGAUGAGUGUAAGGUGGAAACUCGAUCCCAGGAAAAAGCUCUUGCAUCUGUCUCCAAAUCAGCUGUGCAAAGCUCAGUUUCACCAGAGGUUGUAAAGCCUUGUGGGCGUAUAAAUUCAUGUGUAGCUGUAGCAAGAGAUACCCUGUAUGUCUACGGAGGCAUGAUGGAAGUUAGGGAUCAAGAAGUUACACUUGAUGAUUUGUAUACACUUAACUUGAGCAAACUUGAUGAAUGGAAGUGCAUCAUACCGGCAUCUGAGCCAGAGUGGAUUGAAGCAUCAGAUGAUGAAGAUGAUGAAGAAGAAGAUGAAGAUGGCAGCGACAAUGAAGGCGAGAAUGGAGAUGAUAGUGAUGAUGACUCCAGUGAAGAUGAUAGUGCAGAGGGUGGUAAUACUGGUUCAACAUCAGUCAAAAUUGGAGAUGCUGUUGCUAUAAUGAGGGGAGAAGGAAAAACUCUUCGAAGGAAGGAGAAACGAGCCAGAAUUGAGCAAAUCAGGGCCCAUCUUGGCCUCUCUGACUCUCAUAGAACACCAGCGCCUGGAGAAUCUUUAAGAGACUUCUAUAGACGCACAAACACCUACUGGCAAAUGGCAGCAUACGAACACACUCAACAUACAGGAAAGGAGCUACGUAAGGAUGGCUUUGAUCUUGCUGAAUCCCGGUACAAGGAGCUCAAACCAAUUCUUGAUGAGCUGGCCAUCCUUGAGGCAGAGCAGAAGGCUGAAGAAGAAGAAGGGCCCGAAACUAUUUCUAAAAAGAGAGGUGGGAACAAGAAAAGCAAAAAUCUGGCAUCUUAAUGGUAGUCUUGGCUCUAGACAGUCAGCUAUACACAUGUUUUUCUGUGUUGUGUUGGGAGAAUCAUCUUUGACUUGUGUGGAUUUGCUGAUUUGGGCACCAAAUGGGCCUCUGGUAGCCUCAACACAUUCCCAGACCUGCAAGGUGCAAUAAGGCUGAUUGGUGGGAUAUACUACGAGUGUACUGCUGACCUGCUUUAAUAUAUUGAGAAGGUUUCAAAUUCGAAUACUAUACACCUGUAGGAAAUACUAGGAUUGCUCAUGCUAUCCAAUCUAUUGUUUAAAGUAUGAGCAAUGUUAAGAGACGGAUAAUGCUGAGAAAACCUUGAUCUAUUAUUAUAUUGAUAUAUUUAUUACCUGAACUAGACAUAGACUAGAAAAGAAAAGAUAGCAUUUCAAUUGGUU